ACCCCGAAAGCUUGCUUUGAACGCGACAUGCUGGGAUCAUGAGCGUAGAGGAUUUUGGAUUUCCCUAUGUGCCGUAUUCUAUUCAAAAUGAGUUCAUGGUGGCUUUAUAUGAUACCUUAUCCAAGGGGAAAAUCGGUAUCUUUGAAAGUCCAACCGGCACGGGAAAAUCAUUGAGUUUGAUCUGUGGUUCACUUGCAUGGCUAACCAAGCUCGACAACGAAACAAAAGAGUCUACUGCGGAAACGGCCAAUGCAGCCGACGAUGAACCGGACUGGCUAAAAUCGUUCCCGGCGAACGAUGAUCUGUUGAAUAGCAGACAAGCAAGAGAUCGUCAGAGAGAAGAUUUACGUCAGCGAAUUCAGAGAGUCCGCAUGGCGCAGCAAACGGGCAAUCAUCUUUUGUGUACACAUCAGAAAUCCAUGCGUUUCAAACGCCCAAAGAAGGAUUCUCCAGCCGCGAAAAACGCAAAAGAUGAAGCAUUUCUCUUGGAUAACUACGACAGCGACGAGGAGGAGCCGCCGUACCCUGUAAACCAGAGCUCUCGACGGAACGAGGGACACCUGUCAAAGGAAGUGCAAAGCUUAUUAGCGAGAUUGGAAUCGAAAAGCACAACUGCAAAUGACAAUAGAGAGGACCUACCAGCAGAAGAAGAUGUGCUUGCAGAAACCAAGAUUUUUUAUGCUUCCCGAACACACUCGCAAUUAGCACAAUUUGCGCACGAGAUCAAGAAAACAAAGUAUGCAGACGAGAUCAGAGUCCUGUCUCUUGGAUCUAGACAAGGCCUUUGCAUCAAUGAAAAAGUACAAAAAUUGAAAAACCUUAAUCGAAUGAAUGAGGCUUGCCUGGAAAUGCAGGGACAAAGUGAUCCUGACAAGAAGUGCCAAUAUUUACCGUCCUCUUUGCAACAGUCAAAAUGGAAUGAGUUUCGUGAUCAUGCGCUGGCCGAUGUUCAUGAUAUUGAAGAUUUGGGAAAUAUUGGCAAGCAUUUGAGUACAUGUCCGUAUUAUGGUACCCGACAAACACUGCCCCCUUCGCAACUGGUGGUUCUCCCGUAUCAACAUUUACUUCACGCCAACACAAGAGAGUCUUUAGGCAUCGAAUUGAAAGGAAACGUUGUCAUCAUCGAUGAAGCACACAACUUGAUUGACACCAUCAACUCUAUCCAUACAGUGACGUUAUCGUUAUCACAAAUGCGAAUGGCCUUUUCCCAAUUACGAAUGUACUUACAACGAUACAAAACGCGGCUUCUCGGCAAGAACGUUGUAUACAUACAGCAAAUCAUGAACAUUAUCAAAAUGAUGGCACAGGCAUUGCAGCCGGCGGAGAAACGGGAUCAAAUACUGCGUGUCAAUGAUUUUGUGCACCAGAUUGGUAUCGACCACAUAAACAUGUUCAAAAUUCAAAAGUAUUUGAAAGAAAGCAAGCUUGCACGGAAGCUGAAUGGAUUUGUCGAUUACGUGCGUGAAGAAGAAAAUCAACGCCUGCAAAAUGAGACAUCCCAUGGUCAGACCCAGGGAACCGGCUCAGCUUCCAAAGUAUCCCAUACCUCGACGGGCGUACCCAUUUUAACACAAGUAGAAUCUUUUGUUAUGGCUCUUGUCAAUCCGGACGCAGACGGUCGCAUCGUAUUGAAUGUUACAGGACAAGAAGCUUCGGAACCUUUCAUAAAGUAUAUGCUCUUAAACCCGGCUGAAGCAUUUAAGCCGAUCGUCGAUCAAGCGCGCAGCAUUAUACUUGCCGGUGGAACCAUGCAACCAAUCUCCGAUUUUACGCGUACGCUUUUAUACGAGAUUCCUGCUGAGCGCUUGAACCAAUUUUCCUGUGGACAUAUCAUCCCUUCGACGAAUCUACUGACUUUAGCCGUAGACGAGGGACCUAGAGGUGGACCGCUUUUAUUUAACUUUACCAAUCGACAGAAUAUGCAAAUGAUAGAUGAGACCGGUCAAAUGAUCAUCAACUUUUGCAAUAUCAUCCCGGAUGGCGUGGUCUGCUUUUUCCCCAGUUUCUCAUACCUUGAAUUGGUGUUUAAACGCUGGUCUAGUGCCGAUAGCGGUCAUAUUUUGCAGCGGAUAGAAAAAAAGAAAAAGGUGUUCAAGGAACCCAAAGAAUCGAACAUGGUAGAAGCUACCUUGCGGGACUACAGUCUGCAAAUUGAAUCGAAAUCUUCGUCUGGAUCACAAACGGGCGCACUGUUAUUGUGCGUGGUCAAUGGAAAGAUGUCGGAAGGGAUCAAUUUCUCUGAUCAGCUGGGAAGAGGUAUUAUCAUGGUCGGGUUACCUUUUGGUAAUAAGGAUUCCCUGGAAUUACGCGAAAAAAUCAAGUUUGCUUCAGAGCAUUUGCGUGAAGGAGAAGUAAACGGCGCUGCUGCCGGUCAGGAUUACUACGAGAAUCUUUGUAUGCGCGGUGUAAACCAGUCAAUUGGACGCGCUAUUCGUCAUAAAAAUGACUACGCGGUGAUUGUGUUGCUGGAUAAACGCUACUCGACAGGACGAAUACGUAACAAACUGCCCGGCUGGAUUGGCACCCAUGUUGAUCAUUGUACAAAGUUCGGUCACGCCAUUGCCAAAAGUGCCCGCUUCUUCAAAGAUAAAAAAAUUGGUUGAAAUUCGGGCAUAUUUGACAUGCGAUAAUUGAAAUAGAAAAUCUUAAGCUGGAUGGACAACAAGUGCAUGUUGCCCUAUGUAUGAUAAUUUGGAGAAAAGGACAGCAGAUAAGGC